UCACCUCCCUGCUCCUGCUGGCCACGCCAUUCCCGAUGGAGGCCAGGCUGCUGCCGGCCUUCCCGGCUGGCUCACGCUCAGCAGCCCAGGCCCCUCCGCUCUGGGCAGCCCCGAGGGACGGAGCCCGCGGCGGCGGGACGGGCGCGCUCCCGCCUCCCGCGCCGCCGGGAACCGCGGCCACAUCACGUCGCGGCGCCACGUGCGCCCGGGACCCGCCCCGCCGGGGCCGCACGGAGCCGGUGCCGGUGCCGGAGCCGGAGCCGGUGCCCGGCGCUUCGCCUCCCGCCCCGGGACACCCCGCAUGGAGUCGCUGCUGUGUACGCUGGUUGGAGAGCAGCACCAGGGAGAAAAGGUGGAGCGGAGGCCGGGCAAGACAGCCCGUGCUCAGAGGAACCUCUUUGGCCCUGUAGACCACGAGCAGCUGCAGCAGGACUUCCAGCACAUGCUGUGCAACAGCAUCGAGGGGGCCCAGCAGAAGUGGAACUUUGAUUUCCUCCGGGACGUGCCAGUGGAAGGGCUCCUGCAGUGGGAAGAGCUGGAGGGCCGCGAGGUGCCUGUUUUCUACCGCAGCUGUGUGGUGAGAGAUGAUUGGAGAUCACUGCAACACCUGAACUGGGCGCGGGGCAGGGCAGACAAGAGUCACCACUUCGCCCAGGGGACACUUAAUGAGAAACCCAAAACUUCCAAGAAACCAGCAGGCAAGAGAGUCUUGGAAGGGAGGAAAAGAGGACAGACAGCUUUGACAGAUUACUACUCGACAAAAAAGCAAGUGAAAGUGAAUAUGCAAGGUACUGCAAAAAAUUCAGCUUCUUGAAAGCAAGGAGAGAGAGUAUUGUUCUGCACCAGAGAGGUUGGAAACAUCUGCCAAGCUUCCUCAACCUUCAAAAAUCAGGAGUGCAGGCUGCGGACACUUAGGGACAUCCCACAGAGAUAUAUUCCUGACAGCAGCAGUGAAAACAGAAAAUACUUUCAUUGGGAUGGAGUUAGGCCAAACCAACUGGAACCACUUUGAUUAGAAAUCACUGGCCUUAAAAACCACUGGUGGACAAGUUUGCACAGUACAGAAACUGGCUAAGGCUAGCAAUUUAACAUGCAUUAAAAAUCACUCUACAUGAGAGAAUGUUAAGCAGUUAAAACAACUGUGUUUGUGUAAUAAAAAUGUGCUUGGAAAAGUCA